AUGGCCACCACCGAACCGCCCGCGCCGGCCCCGGUACCCAGUACGGACAAGCCCGAGCGCCCGUCCGCCGGCAAGCGGCCACCAUCGCUGAACGAGCUCGCCGCGCGCCUCAACGCCGGGAAGGGCGAUGCGGCGUCGGCGGCAACGUCCGGCGCGUCCCGCCCGCGUCUCGCGGCGUCACUCUUGCGCACGGGAAGCGCGAACAGCACGACCACGACGGCGAGCGCGGCGGACAGCACCACGGCGAACGCGCCGAUCACGCGCAGCACGUCCCCCGCAGCGCUGAGCACCUCGCCGCCGCCGGGCAAUGCCGAGGAGGGCAGCACGGGCGGCGAGCCGCUGAAGAAGGAGAACGUGGACAAGCUCGACGACGCGAGCGCGCCCGUGGCGAAGAAGAUCAAGGGAUACAAGAAUAUCCCGUCGUUGGACGCCAUCACGGCCCACUAUCAUGCGCGCAACCGUACGCUCUCGGUUGAUGGGAGUCCUAUGCCGCCGGAGCCGGAGCAGAUCGAGGAUCCAAAGACGCCGGGUGUCAUGACAAAGGCACCCGAGCAUCCCUUGCAGUUCACUUGGACGAUCUACCACGAUUGCAAGUCCAAGGGCGCGUUCGUUCCUCCGAGUGCCGGCGCGACGCAGGAAGGCUUCCCCGCGCCCGCCGAGGCAGGCGAGUACGAGGCCGGUCUGACCACCAUCGGCGAAUUCGACACCGUCGAGUCGUACUGCCGGUACUUCAACUGGCUCAAGCCGCCCAGCACGCUCGAGCGCAACAGCAACUACCACCUCUUCAAGCGCGGCAUCAAGCCCAUGUGGGAAGACGAGGCCAACGCGAACGGCGGAAAGUGGGUGCUCACGAUGAAGAACAACCCGCAGUUGCUGGAUCGGUGCUGGCAGUGGCUUACGAUGGCGCUUGUGGGCGAGGAGCUGGACGACGGGGAUGAGAUUUGCGGGGCGGUUGUCAGCUUGAGGUCGAAGGUGGACAGGAUCCAGCUGUGGUUGAGGAGCAAGGACGACGUAGAGAAGAUCAACGGGAUCGGGAAGAGGCUCGUCAAGCUACUCGACGUGUCCGAGGCGGACGGUAUCGGACUCGAGUUCCAGUACAACACGGAAGACCGCCCCCUGCCGAACAAGUUCCUCUCCAUCCAAGCCGUACCCGUAUCCGGCUUCCGCUCCUCCUUCCACUCAAAGCCCGGAACGCCCAGCACGCCCUCGCCCAUCUCAGCCGGCGAGCGCGAUGCCCCAGGGCCCAUCCAACCUCCGCAGCAGGGCGGCGGCGCAUUCGCAGGCUUCGGCGUAGGCGGGCUCGGAGGCGGCGGCGGGUGGCGCGGGAGCAGGCGCGGCUGA